AUGUGGAAGAGCUAUGUUAUGCCUACUGCUGACCAGCUUUCGCAAGAUCAGAAGACGGCCCUGAACGGGGUGGAAUCGUUCAAGUGUACCGCCUCGGGCAACCCGCAGCCCUCCGUUUUCUGGACGAAGGAAGGCUCCCAGACGCUCAUGUUUCCGAACAAUACGUACGAUAAUAUGCAGGUUUCGGUACAGGGGACACUGCAGAUACGCGGUGUGCAGAAAGAUGACGAUGGGUACUACAUCUGCUCGGCGCUGAGUGUCGCCGGUUCCACGACCAGUAGAGCUUAUUUACAGGUUCUUACAUCGGAGGACAGCAAUCCACCCCCGAUACUGCAGAUCGUACCGGCUAAUCAAACACUGCCCCGGGGCACGGUCGCUAUGCUGCCGUGCCGUGCCAGCGGUAAUCCGACGCCCAUGAUUCGCUGGAUGAAAAAUGCGACCGAUAUCAACCUUUCCGGCGGUAACGGGCGCUUUUCAAUCAUCCAGGGUGGCACCACGCUAAGAAUUGAUGGCAGGCCUCCCUCAUGGGAGGGAGAAAUAUUACCGACCCCGAAACAAUUCGACGGUUACGGUGUAACAUUUGCCGUGACAUGGGGCAAUUCGGAAAGCAAAGUUUAA